AUCAGGUCAUCAAGAGCAAAAACGAAAAAUAAUAAAUAUACCUACGUGAUUUUAGGUUUUCAGCACCCGAAAUAAUACAUUUAGCAGUAUAUAAUUAAAACUUUGUUUACCGUACUUCAGUAAUUCGGUAGAAAGUUUUCACGUUAUAGCCUAGAAACGAUUGGCUUAGAAUGUUUAUGUUGAAAAGUGGUAACUGUAAAAGGAACUUUAAAAAUUAAGAAAAACAUUGAAAGGAUAAACGCGCUGGGUUUCAACAGCGUUUAAUUUUUUUUGGAAAGGUCAGUUAGUAUGUUGCCGCUUCUAAAAGACACGGAUGAAAUCCUUAGCCCGUUGACGAUUGGGUUGCUUGCUCUAAUCAUUGUUUACUUCGCUUGGCGUUCAACGUAUGUACGAGACGAUCGCCCCAACUCACAGGGCACAGUUCUAGUCAUUGAAAACAACUUGCGACGACUAAAUCAUAUCACACAAGAACCGGUCACUAUAAACAUACUACGUAGUUCAUCACAGCAAUCAAAUAUCUCCAACGUCACGGAAACAGAAGAACUUGAUUUGGAGAACGACAGCAUAGCAUCGUCCAUCGACAACAUUACUCAAUCGAUCCUGACGGAGGCGUCUGAAUCAGCCACUGGCCUGGAUAUUAGUGACUCGGAAACUUAUCCCAGCACGUCAAUAACCAGGAACAACUUAGAUGAUAUCGAUUCGGGACCAGAGGAAAUAAUUAGACAAAUGGACCAUCAUGAUUCAGAUGACCAUAUUUCUACUGCUCCACAGGAGCAAAUAACAUCUACAAGUUUUGCCGGAAUCGAUGGCGUACGGCAGCAGGUAAACACCCAGGGGUGUGAUACAAAAAGUAUCGGUUCUAAUGGCGAACAAAAUGAAUCGCGACCAACCAAGGAAACAUUGCAGUCGAAACGUAUUAGAAUAAAAUUGAAGUACUUGAACGAUGAUUCUAGGUUGGUAGAAGGUGAUCUAACCGAGAAGGUUGGAGAUUUCAAAAAACGUAAUUUUUCUAUUGAAUUAGCAGCAAAAAAGCUUGUUCGGUUGGUAUUUAAUGGACAUGUCUUACAACCGGAUUCAAAAACUUUAGCUGCAUGUGGAUUAUUUGACAACUGUGUUGUUCAUUGUUUAAUCCAUAACCCAAAGCCUCAGCUAAGCAGCAUUGAGGCAAAUGAAUCUAGCACUAAUCCUAUUAGGGACACUGAAGGGACCGGAAAUGGUAUACCAAAUGCUGUUAAUCCUGAUGGAGUUGGAUUUAGAAGCAUGGAUCGGGAUAACUGGACACGCUAUGGAACAUACUUUAUCUAUAUUGGCACCUUUAUUCUAUCCGCAACUAUUUCCUAUUGCUGGUACUGUAGAUUUCAUUACGGUCAUCUGUUCAACCUAAAUUCAACGAUUGGUCUGAUUGUUACAACUACAAUUUUUCUAAUAAUGAUGCCAACAAUAAUUCUUACUGAGAGCCAUUCAGCUAACUAGAUUCUUACUAUAUCAUUCGCGAUAGAGGUGAGUACCAAAGCACCAAUGUGAGCCUUUGACAAAAUUGUGUAAAACAACUCUCCGGGUUCUUAGCUCCCUUCACAAUGAAGCGCAAUCCAAAAAAUGUAAGUAAACGGCAUUUUAUAUCUAUUGUAUUGCUGAAAUGUGAAAACAAAUUUCGCUUUA